AGCAGCUCUAAUCCUAGUAAUUCCGGGCGGAAGUUGGGCUUUCCUGGCAGGAAAUUGUCAUCGGUGUUUUUGUUGCUGCUGAGGACUGUUGUGUUGUGAAAAUGGCGACGCCUCGUCGCUCCUCUCGGCAGCGGCCGGGCGCCCGGCUGUACCGCAGCGCUUCUAUCCCCGUCAGACCGUCUGCAGCUUCCGAAGAUGCGGCCUCGCUUUUCCGUGGAGCAGGGAUGGAAAACGUGGCUGAUGGCGAGGUAGCGCCGACCUCUCCCAACACCACCUCCCCAGCUCUGGCCCUCACACCCAGCAGCAGCAGCACUGCUAGCUCCCCGACCACCUCCGAGGGAAGCGAGUCUAGCGGUGGCUCUACGCCGGAUUCUGGUGGCGCUAACCCAGGCAGCAGCACUGUUAGCGGCGACGCUAACGGCGCUUUUAGAGAACUAUUUGAAGCCUGUCGAAAUGGAAAUGUUUCCAGAGUCAAGAAACUUGUGGAUGCGAUGAAUGUGAACGCCAAAGACAUGGCUGGACGUAGAGCUACACCCCUGCAUUUUGCUGCAGGUUUUGGUCGGAAAGAUGUGGUGGACCACCUGCUUCAGACAGGCGCAAAUGUGCAUGAUCGAGACGACGGGGGGCUCAUCCCGCUCCACAAUGCAAGCUCUUUUGGUCAUUCUGAGGUGGUGUCCAUGCUUCUGGGUCAAGGCGCUGAACCAAACGCUCGAGACAACUGGAACUACACGCCGCUACACGAAGCUGCUAUCAAGGGCAAGAUCGAUGUCUGCAUAGUGUUACUGCAGCACGGAGCUGACCCCAACAUCCGCAACACCGAUGGCAAGUCUGCCCUGGACCUGGCCGAACCCUCCGCCAAGGCCGUGCUCACAGGUGAAUACAAGAAGGAUGAGAUGCUGGAAGCGGCAAGGAGUGGAAACGAGGAGAAGCUAAUGGCCCUGCUUACGCCGCUCAACGUCAACUGCCACGCUAGUGACGGCCGCAAGUCCACUCCUCUCCACCUGGCUUCAGGAUACAACAGGGUGAAGAUAGUUCAGUUGUUACUGCAGCAUGGAGCUGACGUCCACGCCAAGGACAAGGGUGGUCUGGUGCCUCUGCAUAAUGCCUGCUCUUAUGGACACUAUGACAUCACUGAGCUGCUGCUAAAGCAUGGAGCUUGCGUGAACGCCAUGGAUCUGUGGCAGUUUACGGCUCUACAUGAAGCAGCUUCCAAAAACCGGGUGGAGGUCUGCUCUCUUCUGCUGAGCCAUGGAGCUGACCCCACCCUCCUGAACUGCCACAGCAAAAGCUCUGUGGACAUGGCCCCCACACCUGAGCUGAAGGAGAGACUCACAUAUGAGUUUAAGGGCCACUCGCUGCUUCAAGCGGCUCGAGAAGCAGACAUGACCAAGGCUAAGAAGACCCUGGCUUUGGAGAUCAUCAACUUCAAACACCCUCACACAAAUGAAACGGCGCUGCAUUGCGCAGUUGCGUCACCUCACCCCAAACGGAAACAGGUCACAGAGCUGCUGUUGAGGAAAGGUGCCAACAUUAAUGAGAAGAACAAAGAUUUCAUGACACCUCUUCAUGUAGCAGCAGAGCGGGGUCAUAAUGAUAUUAUGGAGGUGCUUCAGAAACACGGGGCAAAGGUAAAUGCCCUCGACACGCUGGGUCAGACGGCAUUGCACCGCGCAGCGCUUGCUGGCCACCUACAGACCUGCAGGCUGUUGUUAGGAUACGGGGCAGACGCCACGCAGGUGUCGCUGCAGGGCUUCACCGCCGCUGAGAUGGGAAACGAAGCCGUGCAACAAAUCCUCAACGAGAACAUCCCUGUGAGAAACUCAGAUGUGGACUACAAACUUCUGGAAGCUGCCAAAGCUGGAGACAUGGAUACAGUCAAGUCCCUCUGUACUGCUCAGAAUGUAAACUGUAGAGAUCUGGAGGGACGGCACUCCACUCCUCUCCACUUCGCUGCCGGCUACAACAGAGUGUCGGUGGUGGAGUACCUGCUGCACCACGGGGCUGAUGUGCACGCUAAGGAUAAAGGCGGCCUGGUUCCCCUUCACAACGCCUGCUCGUACGGUCACUACGAGGUGGCCGAGCUGCUCGUCCGACACGGCGCCUCGGUCAACGUGGCCGACUUGUGGAAGUUCACGCCCCUUCACGAAGCCGCGGCAAAGGGCAAAUACGAGAUCUGCAAGCUUCUGUUAAAGCACGGAGCAGAUCCGACCAAAAAGAACCGAGACGGUAACACGCCCAUGGACAUGGUGAAAGACGGCGACACGGACAUCCAGGACCUGCUGAGGGGAGACGCUGCGCUGUUGGAUGCUGCAAAGAAAGGCUGCCUGGCCCGGGUGCAGAAGUUGUGCAGCCCAGACAACAUCAACUGUCGAGACACACAAGGACGCAACUCAACGCCGCUGCACCUGGCAGCCGGCUACAACAACCUGGAGGUGGCAGAGUAUCUGUUGGAGCACGGAGCAGACGUGAACACGCAGGACAAAGGAGGGUUGAUUCCUUUGCACAAUGCAGCUUCAUACGGACACGUGGACAUAGCCGCCCUGCUGAUCAAGUACGACACGUGUGUGAAUGUCACUGACAAGUGGGCGUUCACCCCGCUCCACGAAGCGGCGCAGAAGGGCCGCACCCAGCUCUGCGCCCUGCUGUUGGCCCACGGAGCAGAUCCCACCAUGAAGAACCAGGAGGGACAGACACCACUGGACCUGGCUACGGCGGAUGACAUUAAAGCGCUGCUGAUUGACGCCAUGCCACCAGAUGCCCUGCCGAGCUGUUUGAAACCGCAGGCCACUGUGUUAAGUUCCCAUCCACAGAGUGUGAGCGCAGGCGUGGGGAGUUCAGGUGCAGUAGGAGGCGUGGUCAUCUCGCCGUCGCUGUCUCCAUCUCCGUCUCCGUCUCCAUCCUGCCUGUCGGCGGCGAGCAGCAUCGACAACCUGACUGCACCUCUCAGUGACAUCGCAGCAGACGGCGCCACAGGCGUCGCCGACGGGGCGUCUGGGUCUGACAGGAACGAGGGCGAAAGUCUGCUCGACAUGACCAUCAGCCAGUUCUUGAAGAGUCUGGGGCUGGAACACCUCCGAGACAUCUUCCAGAGAGAGCAGAUUUCGCUGGAUGUUCUGGCAGACAUGGGUCACGAGGAGCUGAAGGAUAUCGGCAUAAAUGCUUACGGUCACAGACACAAACUCCUUAAGGGCAUUGAGCGGCUCCUGGCAGGCCAGCAGGGUGGAAAUCCAUACCUGACUUUCCACUGUUCCAGCCAGGGCACAGUGCUGAUCGACCUGGCACCAGAUGACAAGGAAUUCCAAUCUGUGGAGGAGGAACUGCAGAACACGAUCAGAGAGCACCGCGACGGAGGCAACGCGGGCGGAGUCUUCAGCCGGUACAACAUCAUUAAGAUUCAGAAGAUUGUGAAUAAGAAACUGCGUGAGAGAUAUGCACACAGGCAGAAGGAAAUAGCUGAUGAGAAUCACAACCACCACAAUGAGCGAAUGCUGUUUCACGGUUCUCCCUUCAUCAAUGCAAUCAUCCAUAAGGGCUUUGACGAACGACAUGCCUACAUCGGCGGCAUGUUCGGGGCAGGGAUUUAUUUCGCAGAGAACUCGUCCAAAAGCAACCAGUAUGUAUACGGUAUUGGCGGAGGGACGGGAUGUCCUACUCACAAAGACCGCUCCUGCUAUGUGUGUCACAGACAAAUGCUCUUCUGCCGGGUGACGCUGGGUAAGUCGUUUCUUCAGUUCAGCGCUAUGAAAAUGGCCCACGCCCCUCCUGGGCACCACUCUGUCAUAGGACGACCCAGCGUCAAUGGGCUGGCGUAUGCAGAGUAUGUCAUCUACAGAGGCGAGCAGGCUUACCCAGAGUACCUGAUCACCUAUCAGAUUGUGAAGCCAGAGAGUCUUGCUGCGCCCGCUGCAGAGCAGAAGUCCUAAAAGGCCGUCACAGCCGUAUCUGAAGAUGACCAGAACAACUUUCUGAACAGACUAGAAGUGAAGGAGGGGAAAAACAGUUCAUACCUCUGACAAAAAGUCUCUGGAGCUGAGUCUGAGGUGGUUGAUAUGAAAUAUGCCCCCGAAACAUGCAGAAAUAUGCUAAAAGGCUAGGUUGAGUUGGGCUUAGGGGCUUGAUGUUCAGCUCAAACUCAGCAGAUGGCAGAAAUCCAUCCUUAUUUAGGCUGAACAUGGGGAGGAAACGUAGGUUGUUCAGCCAUUUGUUCAGCUCAGUCAGAGAGGCCAAACACACAUUACUGUUUUGGUACCAGUGUGCUGCUCAUGCAUUCUGUCCUCACAUUUUAAUGGCUUGCUUUGAUAGCAUGUCCUCUUUUACAUCGUUCACAGCAAGUAAUUUAGCGACAGUCAUGCUGAGAGAAAAGAAAUUCAGAGCAUUUAAUCUUACAUUUUCACCCUGUAUGACUGAGCAACACAGAAGAAGACACUGUGAGCAAACAACAGCACCGUAGACAAAUUAUUCCCCGAAACCGAAAGCCAAAGGCUAAUGGGACACAUUCGGACCACAAUCCACUGUUGCAGACGUUCCACAACAGUCUAUUAAGGGACCAGCUUCGCUUUGCAGCACACUGUUUGGCUCAUUUACGGAGCAGGCAGGAACCACUAAACCCAACAAUAUGGACACAAACAAUAAUAAUACUAAUACAGUACUUUGCAGAAGUAUCCAAAACCCCUGAGCUUUUUCACAUUUAGUCACAUUACAACUACAACCCUCAAUGUAUUUUGUUGGGAUUUUAUUUUAGACCAACAUACAGUAGUGCAUAAUUUCAAAGUGGAAGGUAAAAUAAUACAAAUUUCAAAGAAUUUGUUAACAUUAGAGAGAAGCAUUAGAGUAAAGGGGUCUAAAUAAGAGGAAUGCCACACUUUUCAGAUUUUUGUUUGUAAAAAAAAAACUCAAUAACCUAUACAUUAUCUUUUAUCCACUGAACUGUUAUCCACUACUGUAUAGUUGGACUAUCAUGAAAUCUGUAGUUGUAAUAUAAAGAUAUGUAAGAACGUUCAAAGGGUUUGAAAACUUUUGCAAGGCACUGUAUGUUAUUUGUUUUGUGUUUCAGAUUAAUUUCUGGGUUUCAUUUGAGAGAAUAAGAGAUUUUCGGGCUGCUGGUUGUUAAAUAAACCUGCAUUGAAAUCUCCCCUCCCCGUUCUUAUAUAAAAACACUUCAAAAAUCACAAAGAAUAGUUCUGACUUUAUUAAUAAGAAUGUUCAGUAGUGUAAAACAUUGAAUUACACUGGUUGCUGCUUUUCCAGGCCAUAACUAAUAUUUGCACACAGGCACCUACACACAGUUUGUUUGCCACAAAUUAAAGACGCUAUUGUGAAGGAUGCCUCUUCACAUUUCAGUUGUUCAGUGCAUUUUCUUUUGCAAUGCCUUUGAGUGUAAUCCACUCAAAUAUGUGCUUGUACUUUAAAAUUUAAACCUCCAUCUUCCACUAUUGAGUGUUUAAACUGCAGUAGCAGGGUUGACAGGCUCCAGGUUUAACUCCUUCAACCAGUAUGUGAUGUUAAAUGCCAGAAACACUCAAAGCCCAGGAGCGAAAUUUUUAUAAAAGUCAAUUAUUUUCUUGGAUUGUUUUCAGCUUCUUUUUUUUUCAGCAGUUUGAUCAUUAGAUGGAGAAACCGAAUGUAUCGGAUUUCAAGGUCAAGGACAAAAGGUGCCUCUCCUCAGUUAUUCAUCUACAUUUUCAUGUGAAGCUAGGUCUUUUUAUUCCGUAUCGCUUAAUGUCUCUGAGGUGUUUGAAAGGAGUGUUUGUUUACAUGAACCUGCUGCCUUUUCGUCCCUUUCCUCUCUGGCUGUUAUUUGUUGGCGCCCCCCAGUGGCCUAACAGUGUAACUGCCCGCUUGUGCUAACGAGUGAAAGGGGACACUUUUAUUUCAGUUGUAUAAUUCAGGAGGGCAUUAAUGUAAAGCUGUUGGGUAUAUGUAAAAAGUGAUAUUUUCUCACUUUUUUUACUGAGCCAUUCAGUUCAUAGACUGAACAGAUCUAUGGUGUUUGUUUAUCCUGCAAGUUCUCAGUGGGGUGAAGCAGAGGGUAACACAUGCGGUAUAAAGAAAGUUUUCCAAUAUUUUAUACCAGGUGUACACAGUACAAUACCUUCUAUGUUUUUUUUUAUUUUAUUUCUGACCAUAUUUUCCUGUCGAUUGUUGGCUAUUUUCUAAUUAUGACAUUAGAUACUAGGACUACAUUAAGUCAGUUGUCACGGAGUCGGUUUCCUCUGAUCAAAUAUUGUUAAACCAGACUGAUUGUUUAUGUUUUACAUGGUUCCGACACAGUUUGGAAGUGUGCAUAAUUGAUUUCAGUAUUUUCCAGCAAAUAUGUGGAAAAUAUUUGUAUUUCCAAACUUUAUUCCCUAUCCCGUUGUCCUCUCCUUACUUACUCCCUCCCUUAUGUUUUUUCUUUCUCUCUUUCCUCAAUUCCCUCCUUCCAGUUUCUGUUUUUCCCAGGUUUCAUAUUAAAAGCAUGGCCACUACAGAAAUAUUUGCUAUGAAUUCAUACUGAUCCUUUUUAUUUUAUAUUUUAAAAUUAACAAAGGUUUGAUAAAUCUGAAAAAUUGAAUCUCGAAAAUUCUGUAAUUUCUACAUAAAAUCUGUGUAGGAACCCUGAUUGUUUUGCCAAAUUAGGGAAAGACUGGCUGGUUUCCAUCUUUUCACACAUUUUUUAACACAACUGAAAGGUUUAUCUGCUCUGAUAAGAUUUGAUUCAUUUUUUUCUGAUGUUCAGGCUGCUGUUUUUUUGAAUUUGGAAAUUAAAGUUCUCACUUCAGCAUUUGGCACUCCAAAACUAUACGUUUUCCUUUAUGACACACAUUCAGUAGCAAUUACAUGCUUUGCCAAACAAAAAAUUCAGUUCAUUACAAAAAAUACCAGGACAUUAAUAAACCAUUCGACAGAAUACAUUACUGCAGCAGAAAAUGGAAAAACAUGAAAUUAGGGUUGUUAUGGAAAUGUCCAUUAAAAGAAGUAUUUUUGCGUUCUGUCGCGAAAGGCUAAGAUCGGCUCUUUAAACCAAUCCUUUGUGUUCCUACAUGAUGUAAGUUUGAAAUAUCUGUUUUUGGUUCAAACUGAAUAAAGAAACUCAUGAUUACGUCGCACACUGUUUCUUUAAUGAUUGGAGAAAAAAAACUUCUGAUGGACUUUUUAAUGGAUGAUUUAUCUGUAAAAACAGUUUUUGUAACUAAUUCCUGUUCAGUCCGUCUCUUGCUGGUUUUGUCAUCGAUCGGUCAGCCAUGUUGUUGUAUAUAUACUAGAGGGACUGUGUGUGUUUGUGAAACUAAUCCAUGCUCACUUUCCAAUUGGCGUGAGCUGCAGAUGAAUUAACUCCUUUCCUCAUCCGUUAUGUCCAGCCUGCUGUUGUACAGACCUAACAUGUGAAACACAGAAACUGCAUAGAAGAAAAUCUUUAAUAAAAAAUCAUUUUAGCUCUU